UGAAAAUGAUAGACUAAUCAUGGCUGAAGAUUUCCUGGACCUAAAUCCUAAAAAGAAAGUACUCCAUGAACAUUUACUAAAAUAUUUGAUUAUUAUCUCUGCAUUAAAUAUAAUUUAUAGCCUUGCUAUUUCUAAUUGUGGUGCUACAGAAUGUGUUCAUGGCCAGUGUUAUGAAGGCAAAUGCGAGUGCGAAAGAGGAUGGGGUGGUCGAGCUUGCAAUACAUGCAGUGGUAGGCAAAGCUUGAGUGGCAGGGAGGGCGUCUUCUAUGACGACCCUGGCAACUACACUGAGAACAACCAAUGCAGCUGGGUCAUCUCUGCCCCCAAUGCCAGCUUCUUCAACUCUUCAGCUGGCUCAUCCCAAAAGAUCAGGCUGCACCUGGGGCACUUUGCUACUGAGUGCUCCUGGGACCAUCUUUAUAUAUAUGAUGGCGACAGCGUAUUUGCACCACUGCGUGUGGUGUACAGUGGGCUGGUGGUGUCAGGCGGGUACAGCGCCACACAGCAGCCUGAGAUUGAGCUGUCGUCGCCCUAUGCUCUCAUCCACUUCUACUCGGACGCAGCGUACAACCUCACUGGCUUUGAUAUCCACUACAGGGUUGGUGGGUGCCCAGGUGGGGUGAACAGCACGGGUGGGUGGUCGGAGUGCAGUGGUCAGGGCAGGUGUGCUGGGGACGUGUGUGAGUGUGACCAGGAGUGGGCGGGUGAGGCGUGUGAGAGAGUCGCGUGUCCCCACCACUGCUCCAACAACGGACGCUGCACCCACCGGGCCUGCGUCUGCACACCGCUCUUCACGGGUGGGUUGUGUGGUGGGGGAGGGGUGGUGAUGUCGGGAUGGCUCAAGAUGCGGACGUGGGAAAGGUCCUCCAACUGGAGCCCUGUCUCGGAGCCUGCCUCCUCUCCCAGCGCUGUGUCACCUCCUGUAACUCCUACGGGGAGCUCAACACCUGCUGAGGGAUCAAACGACUCAUCCCCAGCAGGUGGACCCUUAUCACCUGAUGACCGAGCCAUGUAUCCACCAGCUGAAAUAUCUGCAAAAUCUGUAAGAAGAGUUGGCAGUUUCAUACUCGAGCCUCACGAUGAUCAUUGGGAACAAAUCCUAGCACCAAUCUCAGAGGAUGAAAGGAUAUGGAAAGGGAGAAUAAUGUCCCCAUUUUUGGGGGAUUUUCGGCCCCACAAUGAACGUAGCAGAGAUAAUUCAUUUUCUGUUGGGGAUUUUUUGUCUCCCCACGAUACGGCGUACGAUUUCUCCAGCAAAUACGGCUACAACUUCUCCCCACACACCUACGGGGAUGAUGCCUUCAACCCGCGUGACUUUGGGGUUGUUGUCGACGCUGGGGUGCGCGCUAGAGAUCUCAAUGUCUUCCCCGCCAGAGGUGAUCUCUCACCAGAUCAAUUUCCCGCCAUGGAUGACCCCCCGAACGAUCACUUCACCGCCAUUACCAACCUUAAUCCAGACGAAGCCAUUCGCGAAAACUUUCACCUUGCAGACGACCGGCGGCGCCUGUCACGUCAAACACCACGAAGUGUUCCUGCUAGUGCUAGUGAUUACAGUGCUAGUGUUGCCAGCGCUAGUGAUGACAGUGCUAGUGUUGCUAGUGCUAUUGUUGCCAGUGUUAGUGUUGCCAGUGCUAGUGUUGCCACGGCUAGUGAUGACAGUGUUGGCGCUGGUGCUACAGUUGGUGUUAGUGUUAGUAAUAGUGCUAGCUCUAGUGAUAGAGCUGGUGCUAGUAACAGUGUUGGUGAUAAUACCAACAAUAGUAAUGCUAUUAGUGUUAGUGAUGGUGAAGCUCUCAGCACGCGACGGCGACGAAGUGAUGACAGUAACGGUGUCAGUGUCGACGAUGCUGGUGAGGGUGACGUGCUCCAUCGUAAUAACCUCAACGAUGCAGGGGGACCAGAUAUUGGCCGCUGGCGUCGUAGUGAUGAUGGUGGUGACGACACCACCUCUCCUCGUGGUCGUGAGCUGCACCACCCACUGCUGGAGCGGGCGUCGGCGGGUGCGGUGGUGGUGGGCGACGUGGUGUACGUGGUGGGCGGACACACCUUCAGCCCACUUCCGUUCCUGUUGCGCUACAACAUUUCAGGUGGUGGUGUGGAGGCGGUGGUCGGCAAAGGCAACCGGGAGCCCAGCGCCCGUCACGGCCAUGUCACCCUCAACCACAACGGCUCGCUGCUGGUGUUUGGCGGCCAGCUGGCGGACGGGUCGGUGUCCCUGCAGCUGUGGAAGUUCGACCCCGGGACCACAAAGUGGACCCUCCUGUCGGGCCGCCGGGGGUCCACACGCAACUCCCCGUCUUUUGAAGCCCUCAGGAAACCCGGCACACGUCGGGACGUGCGACGUUCCAACGACGGCGAAGCUCAUGAACUGAUAAGUCAUGCCGACGAUGAGCAACUUCUUCAGGUCGAGAGUGACGACGAACUGCAGGAGACCGCACAAGCCAGUGCCUUGCACUUGUCCGUGUCGUCUCCUCCAUUUCCCUCAUCAUCUCAAACGUCUCUCCCGUCGUUUCAGUCUUUUUCAUCGUCUCAACCAUCCUCCUUGUCUCAAGCGUCUUCCCUAUCGUCCAUCCCAUCGUCUCCAUCGUCACCAUCAUCGGAAAGAGUUGGUGAUUUCAUCUCCUAUAUACGCGAGAAAUAUCCAGACUUAUACGAGGCUCAGUUCCCCAGCAACAACAACAAGAAUAUAGCAGCAAUUCACAGCACCAAUGACGAUAACAGCAGCAACAGCAAAAAUAGUUAUAAUAUCCACGAUACCAAUAGAAACAGCCAGACAAAAGCGCCUUUUCUGACAGGCGUUGCGAUCGGCAAAGACUUAAGCUUCUUGCCCCCGUCGAAAACCGAGGGGCAGUCGGGGGACGAGCGGGACUGGGGAGGACUGUACAACUGGGGAGGCACUAAGGGGAACUUGCGGCCCCGCUGGUUUGGCCAGCACAGGGAGGGUCGGCGCCAUGGUCGCUUACGAACUCUCGAAGUCCUGGACCCAGCAAAACGGGGCCACAGCUACGAAGAUUGGGCUCAGGACCCGGCACUCGGGGCCCAGGGUCCUCACAGUCCCGCACAUGGGGCCCAGGGUCCUCACAGUCUAGCCCCCGGGUCCCAGGAUGGCCCAGCACGUGUAGAAGACGUUGCUAAAUUGCGUUCUCGCCGCAAAGCCCAAACCGAACUCCCCUCUGGGGAUACCGACGCCAUAGCCGGGAUGUCGGGGGAGGAAGAAGGGGAAGAGCUCCCCAGGGGCAACGCCUACAACGAGGAAGACUCGCUGCCAGAGUCGCAGUUGUACGCCGACUCCCCAAACAGCAUUUCGGCGAACCUCGGCCCCCCCGUGGACAACUUGGGGGGGCUUGGGGGAGAGUGCAGACGCAGGAGGGGCCGAGGUGGAGGACUGUGUGCCCCCAUCGCGGUGAUGGGUGCUGCAGGGGUGGUGGUGCCCGGGGAUGGUGGGGCGGAGGAUGACCUCAUGCUCGUCUUCUUCGGCUACUCCCCCGUCUACGGCUUCCUCAACACCGUGCAGGAGUACCACCUGGGU